ACCUCGUCAAAGUACGGUAACUAUCAACUUUCACACCAACAAAUAAUUUGAUUUCAAGGCCACGAAAUCACCUGCUUUGCUCACCAAAUUUUGAUGCUUUUUCUUAAGCAAGACUGCUUAAUAAAGCAGUUAAUUCUUCCCUUCCCUCCAAAAUUGAAAUUCUACAAAACUACCCAAAUCCAAUUUUUCUCCACUCUAUCUUCCCUCUUAAACCUCUGCAAUAAACCCAAUCUUCUCAAGCAAUUUCAUGCAAGGUGCAUUCUUCAUGGCCAUCAUCAAAACCUUUCUCUCUCCUCUAAACUCCUUGAAUGUUAUGCCAAUCUUGGUCUCCAUUGCCUUUCUUUACAUGUUUUUAGAUCAAUUUCAAACCCAAGUUUGGAACUUUACAAUAGGGUUUUUCAAAUUCUUGCAAAUUCUGGUGAAUCUAAACAAAUUCUUCAAUUGUAUGAUGAUAUGAUCUUGAAUUCGAUUUACCCAGAUGAAUUUACGUACCCUUUUGUUUUGAGGUCAUGUAAGCUAGUUUUGGAUGUUAAUUAUGGUAAAAGGGUACAUGGGCAAUUGGUGAAACUUGGAUUUGAUAUGAAUGAAGAAGUGAUUGCAGGUUUAGCUGAAUUUUAUGGUGAUUUUGAGGAGUUUGAGAAUGCUCGUGAAGUGCUUGAUGAAAUGCCUGUUAGAGGGUUGGAUCACUGGAAUUUUCUAUUAGUGGAGAGUUUGCAGAAUGGGAAUGCUAGGGAGAGUUUUAGGGUGUUUAAGCAGAUGAUGGAUGUGAAAAUUUGUCCGAAUUCGAUUUCUUUAAUCAAUCUGUUGAGAGCUAGCACAGAACUGAACUCUUUGAAAUUAGGGGUGUUGGUUCAUAGUCUAAUUGUUGUGAAUGGCCUUAGUAGAGAUUUAGCUGUAAGCACUGCAUUGUUGACUAUGUACUCCAAACUAGGUAACUUGAAGAAUGCAAGUUUCGUUUUUGAGAUAAUGCCUGAAAAGGAUCGUGUUGUGUGGAACCUAAUGAUUUCAGCGUAUUUUCGAAGUGGGCAUCCGAGAAAAUCUCUGAAAUUGUUGGUGAUGAUGAGCAAUGAAGGGAUAAGAAUGGACCUGUACACUGCACUUGCAACCAUACCAGCAGUUGGAGAGUUAAAAUCACUUGAAUGGGGGAAGCAAAUCCAUGCCCUUGGCAUCAGAAAUGGCUUAGAUUAUCAAGUUUCAGUUCAGAAUUCUUUGAUAGAUAUGUAUUCUAGAUGUGAUAGCGUGGGAGCUGCCGUGAAGGUUUUUGACCUGAUAACUGAGAAGACUGAGGUUUCAUGGAGUUCCAUGAUUAGAGGAUAUGUUAUUCAUGAUCGAUAUGUCGAUGCUUUAGAUCUCUUUACCAAGAUGAAAUUUGAUGGUUUUUCGGUUGAUUCUGCUGUAGCUGUGAGUGUCUUGCCUGCUUGUGUAAAUGCUGGUGCAUUAGAGCAAGUAAAAUACAUCCAUGGAUGCACCAUCAAAUAUGGUCUAGGCUCUAUACCUUCAGUGAAUACAGAACUUCUGGUUAGCUAUGCUAAAUGCGGGUGCAUAGAAAUGGCUAGAAGAUUAUUUGAUGAGGAAGCGAUUGAUAAUAAAGACACGAUUACUUGGAAUUCGAUGAUAAGUGCUUAUUCUAAACACGGAGAGUGGGAACGUUGUUUUGAUCUUUAUGAGCAGAUGAAAAAAUCAUAUUUCAGACCAGACUCUGUGACAUUUCUUGGAUUAUUAACAGCUUGUGUUAAUUCAGGUCAAGUUAAAGAAGGCUGGAAAAUAUUCACGGAAAUGACAGGAACCUAUGGUGUUCAACCUAGCCAAGAACACUAUGCUAGUAUGGUGGAUCUUUUGGGUAAAGCAGGACAGAUUAGUAAAGCUACAGAGCUUAUAAACUCGAUGCCCAUCAAAGCAGAUUCCCGUGUAUGGGGUCCACUUUUAAGUGCUUGUAGAAUGCACUCGGAGACUGCGGUGGCUGAGUUGGCUGCUGAGAAGCUCAUUGCAAUUGAACCAACAAAUGCUGGUAACUACAUAUUGAUGUCUAACAUAUAUGCUGCAUCCGGAAAGUGGGAAAAGGUUGCAAAGAUGAGAAGUUUUCUCAGAGAUAAAGGUCUGAAGAAGACCCCUGGCUGUAGUUGGCUUGAGGUUAAUGGAAAAGUGCACGAGUUCCGAGUUGCUGAUAAAUCUCACCCAAGAUCACAUGAGAUAUAUUCCAUUUUGCAGUAUAUGGAGCUCGAAAUCGAGGAAACUAUAAAGGCAAGCCUACCGAAGUCAUGGAUUGUUGAAGGUAUUGAACAUUAGACAAAUGCACACAGUUUGUUCCCCUGACCACUCAAUGAUAUUGAUCCCACACUAACCGGUAAGCAUCCAUAAAACUGUAAGUGGAGCUACUUUUCUGAAAAAGGCAGCAGCUACAGCAGCCACUGCAGCAGCCUGCAAUGAUGGCCUUGAAGAUAAAGCAGCAAGUGGACACGUGCCUCUCUGAGAGUCUCUUCUCGAUGUGAGCCUUAAAAGAGGAACUCGAGAACUACUAUCUGCGCUAUUUGUGACCAUAUAAGACUCGGCCCAAGCAAUUCUUAUGAACAGCUCAAACAAAAUAAAAGUGUAGUCAGGUAUGGUUUCAGUUCAGGCAUGGCCUACCCAUCUGCUGCUAGUUCGGGGAAUGUCGCCAGACGCCAGUCAUCCAUUCCUUUCGAAGCGCGACAGUCCAUUCCAAUACCUUUUUUUAUUGGCCUUUUCGAGCAAGUUACGGAGAGACUCUUGUCUAAUGUCCAGAAGCAGGUCAUUUGAUUCCAAAAUGACCGAGAAUAUCAAAAGAAGUUCAAUUGCAGCGAUUGAUGUAUCAUUGUGCCUCGACUGUGUUAAUUGAAAGAAAUGAAAAAGAACACUUAGUAUGUACUAUUGUUAGAGGAGAAAAAAUCAAAUUCAUAUCAAAAUAAUUUGUAGUAAUGAAUGGCCUUCUUGCUUGUCUGAUCUUAUUAUAUCAUUUUUUGAGCAA